AUGAAACCUCAUAACCUCAUGGCGCCAGUAGCCCAUACCAUCAGAAAAGGCGCUGACAAAAUCAUCUGCAUGUUGAAUGCAGCGUCCGCCAGUCAUCUCAAGAGCGGCGACACAAGCACUGAUAAAAGACAUACAGACCUCUGGCGCUUUGCCAAGGACUGGUGGAAUCACAUCGGCUGGCACCAGAAGCCGAAGCAACCAAGCGAUUCUCGUGGCAGAUCUAUGCACAUGCUACAGGCCGCGCCACCACCAUGGCCACCGACGACGGACGCGGCAACCCCAGUGCGCGAGCGCUUCUUCCCCAGCCCGCCCCCUCCCACCCCACCUUCUCACGAUGCCUUCCGGCCCAAGUCCGAUUGUGAUGCCUCCAGACAUUGA